AUGCCAAAGUUAUAUCGUGGAAUUAUAGAAAUUGCAUCAAAAGAAGAUAUCGAAACAUCUGUACUAAAUGAACUAUCAAUAGAAGAACUUAAUAUCUUUUUAAAAUCACUGGAAGGUUAUAAUAAAGAAUUAGAAAGUAGUCUUAUAAAAAUAAAUGAUCAAGUUUUCUUAAAGAAAAAUUCUAUGAAAUUUGUACUAAAAAGGUUGUGGGUAUCUUUAGAUGAAAAAGAUAAAAAAAACCUGGCGAUUUUUUUUAAAGACGUAGACGAAUAUAUUAUUGGUAUAUAA